GCCACCCGGGGCCCCCCCCAGAGUGAUUUGUAUUGGAGGAGGCAUGUGAUCCAGCCCAUUAGAGGCAGCCUUGAGAAGCUGCAAUGGUGGAGGGUGUGGGGAGGGGUCCGCAUGAGCCACGGAACUGAGUCUGGGGCCCCUGGGGUCCUAACAGUGGAGCCCAGUGAGGGGAAAAGCCAUCAAGGAGGAGAGGAGAGCCCAGAGACAGAGACAGACGUGACAGUGCUCAGGCGCCUGGAUCAAGCCACACCUGAAGGCAGCCCCAGACCUCCCAUGUCAGUGUCCUUGCUGCAGAGUCCCGCAGCCUGACUCACUCUCUGUCGCCUGAUCCAUUGUUCUCUCCAGCUGUCCCACACCCCCUUGCCAACACUCCACUGGUUUGGUGUUUCAGGCCCGGCAAGGUCUUGGGUGGCCACCCCUACUCCGCUCACCCCCUCUCCAGUUUGGGGGAGGAAGGGAAAGGAGGAAGGCGCAGACCAAUCCGGAAGUGAAUUGUUUACAAACUGGUUCCAGUUAAUAUUGAGCAACAUUCAGGCUAGAAGGGUAUUCUGGGGAUACCAGGCCAGGCGGGGGGCUGGUGCUGGGGCCAGUCCUCCACACAGUCCUGCUCAUCUGAGGGUCUUGACCUCACGUGGGAGGCGGGGAGGGGGUGGCAGGACAGGCAGGCCCCCUUUUCCCCAGCUGGACGACUGCCCACCAUGCUGAGAGCGCCUGUGGGAGUGGCCGCCCCUGUACCCACAUAAAAGCACUCCCGGACCCCGCCUGAGGCCACAGAGGCGUCAUGGCAAAGUGCCGGCUGUCCACAGCGUUGCUGGCCCUCCUGAGCGCGGCCGCCUGCGCGGCUCAGCCCCGGGGCCGGAUCCUGGGCGGCAGCGAGGCUCCGGCGCACAAGCGGCCCUACAUGGCAUCUGUGCAGCUGAACGGCAGGCACUUGUGCGGAGGCUUCCUGGUGGCGCCGCAGUGGGUGCUGAGCGCCGCGCACUGCCUGGAGCACCAGCCCGAGGGGAAGCUGCAGGUGCUCCUGGGCACGCACUCUCUGUCGCAGCCGGAGCCGUUCAAGCGCCAGUACGACGUGCUCCGCGCGGUGCCCCACCCCGACAGCGGGCCGGACACGAUGGAGCACGACCUCCUCACGCCCGCGCAGGGCGACUCCGGCGGCCCGCUGGUGUGCGGGGGCGUGGCCGAGGCCGUGGUCAGCUCCGGCUCGCGAGUCUGCGGCAACCGCAAGAAGCCCGGCAUCUACACGCGCCUGGCGAGCUACGCGGCCUGGAUCGACGGCGUGAUGGCGGGGGCCGCGCCCGCCUGAGACCCCGGGGGAGGGAGGCGGCGCUGAGUCCCCGUCAAUAAAGUCAUCCGCCCCGCAGCAUCCAGUCCCGUA